ACAGAAUAUUUUCAACAAUCGUGAUAAUUUCAGGUAGGAAAAUCUAAGCGGAUUUUUCAUUUUCAAAGUGGAUUUGAAAGUGUUAUUAUAUUCCGUCACUGUUCUGUGUCUCAAGCAAAAUGAGUUUUUCACCGUUAAUCACCGUUAAUUCGAAGGAUCUGCAAAACAACGAUGGAUCAGAUUAUAUAAUGAAUCGCCAUCAUAUUUCUUGUCCGAAAUAUGAUGAAAGUUAUAAAGAAUCUUUGGAGAAUCCAGAAAAAUUUUGGGGAAAUAUUGCACAAUGCAUAGAUUGGAGUAAACCAUGGAAAAAAGUAUUGGAUAAUACUAAACAACCAUUUACAAAAUGGUUUAUCGGUGGAGAAUUGAAUGCCUGCUACAAUGCAGUAGAUCGACACAUUUUAGCCGGAAACGGAAAUAAAGUAGCAUUAAUUCAUGACAGUCCUCAAACAUCAACAGUUCAAAAAAUAACUUAUAAUGAACUUUUAAAAAAGAUAUCUUUAUUAGCUGGAGUGCUAGCUAAUAUGGGCGUGGGCAAAGGCGACGUGGUGAUUAUUUAUAUGCCACUAAUUCCUGAAACCAUAAUAGCAAUUUUAGCUACUACGCGACUUGGCGCGGUUCACUCUGUUGUAUUUGGCGGAUUUGCCGCGAACGAAUUGGCUAUUAGAAUAAAUCAUGCGAAACCAAAAGUGAUAAUUGCAGCUAGUUGUGGUGUGGAACCUUCCAAGAUCGUUCGAUAUACGGAUAUGUUAAAUGGCGCUAUGAAUCUCAUAUCUGUAAAAAAACCACAAUGCAUCAUAUUUCAGAGAAGAAAUAUCUGGGAGAGUCCCCUUUUGGAAGAUCAAUUCGAUUGGGAUGAAAUGAUAAAGAGAUCAAAACCUCAUCCAUGUGAACCAGUUGAGGCAAACGCGCCUUUGUACAUUAUGUAUACUUCAGGAACAACAGGUCAACCGAAAGGAAUUUUAAGAACAAUCGGUGGACAUCUGGUCGCUCUUUGUUGGACAAUGAAAACAGUUUAUGGUAUGAACAAAGAUUCCGUUUGGUGGGUGGCUUCAGAUAUGGGAUGGGUUGUCGGACACUCUUAUAUUUGCUAUGGACCUUUGCUUUAUGGCAUCACCAGCGUGAUGUAUGAAGGAAAACCUGAUAGGACACCAGACGCAGCACAAUACUUCAGAGUAAUUGAUCAACACAAUGUGAAUGCAUUGUUUUGUGUACCCACCGCACUUCGCAUCAUAAGACGUGCAGAUCCUGAUUUAUCAUUGAGUCGAAAGUACUCUGUGAAAUCUUUGAAAACUAUAUUCGUUGCUGGAGAAUUUUGUGACCACGAGACGAAAAUCUGGGCGGAGAAAGCUUUCAAAGUACCAAUUUUGAACAAUUGGUGGCAAACGGAAACAGGUCAUCCUAUCACAGCGUUGUGUCUAGGAUACGGGCAUAAUCCUAGUUUACCGAAAUACAGUACCGGCCUCCCGAUUCCUGGUUAUCACAUUGACAUAUUACGGGAAAACAGCAACGAGGCAGAAGCUCACGAAUUAGGCAGAAUUGUUAUAAAAUUACCAUUGCCACCCGGUUGCGUGUCAACUCUUUAUCACGAUGAUAAAUUCAAAGAAGUAUACUUUUCCACGUAUCCAGGUUACUACGAUACUAUGGAUGUUGGCUAUAAAGAUGAAUUUGGAUACGUUUAUGUGAUGGCACGUGAUGAUGAUGUUAUCAAUGUUGCUGGUCACAGAUUAUCCACGUCCGCUCUGGAAGAUGUCAUCUUGACUCAUUCGGAUGUGGUAGACGCUGCCGUAAUCGGUGUUCCAGAUCCGACUAAAGGAGAAAUACCUUUAUGUCUUUAUAUAAUGAAACAAGAAGCGACGAAAAAUGAAAAACAGAUUAACGACGAACUAAUAGCACGAGUAAGAAGUUUAAUCGGUCCCAUAGCGUCUUUCAGAAUAGCCGCCGCUGUGAGCGCAUUGCCUCGAACACGUUCAGGGAAGAUAAUUCGUAAAUCUAUUGCUAAUUUGGCUCGUUCCAGGCUAUUUAAGAUUUCAAGUACAAUAGAAGAUGCAUCAGUAUAUGUCGAAAUCAAAGAAGUACUUCAGAAGCUCGGUUAUGCUAAACUAGCACCGGAUCCUCAAUGAUAAGUGUACUUAAACUUUUAUCACUUUUAUUAUAAAUGUUUUCGUAACCAUAUAUAAAAUGUAAUAAACCUACGUAUGGCAUGAUUGACACGUAUAAAAGAGUGUUUUGAAAAAAUUACGUGUCGAAAAAUUUGAUUUCACAAUUGUUAUUAUCUAUUGCAUUAAGAUUUUAGACUUAAUCGUGGUAAAUAGUAAAUUAAGUCGAAAUCUAAGCAACUUGUAUAAUUUGGCUCAUCAUUAGGCCUUUGUUAUAAUUUUAAACUUCAAAUAUAAUUUAUUUUAGAUUUUAGACAAAAAUCACACACAGGAACUGUUUUAUAAUGUUAUAGCA